AUGGGGUGUGGAACGAGUUUCGUGAAAUAUGUGCUGUUCUUCUUCAACCUUUUGGUGGCGCUGUUGGGUCUCGCCAUCAUCGGAGUGGGCGUCGCCGUGCUGCUGAACUGGCAGGUGAUCAAGGACGAACUGCAGGGCCACAUGGCCGUGGCGCCGUGGUUCUUCAUAGCUAUCGGCGUCGUCACCUUCGUGAUCGCUUUCUUCGGAUGCUGCGGCUCCAUUCGCGAGAGCCACUGCAUGGUGGUCACUUACGCCAUCUUCCUGCUGGUGAUCAUCAUCCUGCAGGUGGUGCUGGCCGUGCUGAUGUUCACUUACACCGACACCUUUAAGGAGUCCCUCGUCGGAACGGUGAACGGCAUCUUCGACAAGAUGUCCGUGGAGCCCUCCGCGAAGGUCGUCUUCAACAAUAUCGAGAUGCAGCUCGAGUGCUGCGGCAAACGGAGCCCCGGCGACUACGGCGUGCUCGGCAUCGUGAACCUGCCCAAGUCGUGCUGCACCCGCGCCGCCGGCAUAGUGGGCCAGACGUUCAACGCGUGCACCGUGGCGGACGCGAACGCCAUCGGCUGCGCCCAGCGCACCGCCGACCUCUACGAGCGGUGGAGCAAGCCGAUCGCCGGCGUCGCAAUAGGCGUCGCCUGCGUCGAGGUGGUCGGUGCCCUGUUCGCGCUGUGCCUCGCCAACUCCAUAAGAAACAUGGACAGAAGGUACGCA